GUGUCUGCCUUUCGUCUUCGCCUUUAUCCGGCCGAGCCUGCACGGGUGACGGGACAUUCUUACUGUGGCUCCUCCGAAUUUCUUCCGAGUGCUGGGGUUUGGUUUUUGGAGGAUUUCUCCGGUCGCCAGCAACUUGGUUUGUGAUUCUGGAAGCGGUUCUAUGUAAAAUGGAUUAUUGAAGGUUUGGGGUAUUUUCAGGAAUCCAGAGCUGCAUAAGUUUUUGGUGAGCGUUUGCUACUAAAAUGGAUAACUGUGAAGAUAUAGGGAUUAGCACUGCUACAUCUUCCAAACCAUCGAGGAAGAGGAGGAGCCAUUUGAACCGUCGUCCUCCUAACGAGCUCGAAUCCCCUCCAGAGUAUCGUGAUUCUGCUUCAUUGUCAUCAACACCGUCCGACCAUGUUAGUUAUGCACUGAGUGAAGGCAACAACACUCACGAAGAUAUCAAUUGGAAAAAGGGACUUACGAGGGCGUCAUUUACUAACCUAGCCGAUGCUGAAAAAGUGCAUACAAAUCAUGAUGAGGAUGGGACUUUCAGAGCAGUGGAUGAUUUGAAAAGCUCUGCUGAAGGUGACCCUGCUGCCGCCGCCUGGAACGGUAUAAAAAUGGAAAACUGUACUGUGAGUGAGACUGUGACCGGCACUAACCAUUCUGGGCAACCGGGAACAUUGUCUGAUGUAGCUGGAACUGGAAACAAAUUCAAUAAGGUCAAGCUCAAGGUUAGGGGUGUAACCCAUACACUUCAGGCACGAUCCAGCAGUGUUGAUGGUUCUUCGGUGUCUGGAACUUCGGUCACGAAGUCGACUCCUUCAGAUGCUGUUUAUCCUUCGGAUAAGCUAAGCCAUCAGCAGGAAAAUUUUGAAUCACGUUCAACGGGCGAGAAGCGUGGCCUCCGUGGUGUGCCAUGGAAAGAUUUUUCAAAAAUUGGUUUUAGUUUUGGGAAAACUGAAGAUUCAUUGAGGGUGGACUUACCAGAAAUAUCUGACAAAAAACCUUUGAAGCACAGGCGUUUAUCUAAAGCGAAAUCUCGAUAUUUGUCAGCUUAUGAGGAUGUUGAUGAUGAAGAUGAUGGUGAGAUUCAGUAUCUUCAGAAGCUUAAAACUUCGAAAAUUGCAUCCUCUGAUAGUACAGAUUAUGAAGAAGAACCCAGAGGCAAAAAAUUGCGGAAGAUCUCCAGGGUAAUGGAUAGGAGAGUCGAUGGCUAUGGUUCGAGCAUUGCAGAUUUUAAUUCCUCAAGGCCAGCGUCUAAAGAAAGUAAGAAAUCAAAGUCCUUACGAGCAUCAGAAGAUACUGACUAUAUGGAGGAGGAAGAAUCGGUAUCUGAUGGUGAGAUUGAAAACAAGAGCAAGAAACAUAUGAAGGAGCCGAUUGAUGUGGUGGAAUAUUCCAAGCCGGAAAGCUCGAUAACUACCCGCAGGAGAGCAAUUCUUACUGGUAAAGAUGUAUCAGCAUCAGGCUUAGGUUCUAGUUCCAUCCAAUUUCCAGAUGGACUCCCUCCCGCCCCACCAAGAAAACCAAAGGAACAGCUUACUGAAGUGGAGCAACAACUGAAACGAGCUGAGGCUGCUCAACGACGUAGGAUACAGAAUGAGAAGGCUGCUCGGGAAUCUGAGGCCGAGGCAAUUAGGAAAAUUUUGGGUCAAGAUUCCACGCGGAAGAGACGAGAGGAGAAAAUUAGGAAACGACAGGAGGAACUAGCACAGGAAAGGAAUGCGAAUUUAGGCUCGAUUCCAUCUACUGUUGUUAGAUGGGUCAUGGGACCUUCAGGGACAGUCGUAACAUUCCCCAGUGAGGUUGGCCUCCCGAGUAUAUUUGAAGCCAAGCCUUGCAGCUAUCCGCCUCCACGAGAGAAAUGCGCAGGCCCUUCGUGCACAAACGCAUACAAGUACAGAGAUUCCAAGUCGAAGCUUCCUCUUUGCAGCCUUCAGUGCUACAAGGCAGUACACGAGAAGCUUCGAUCUCUACCUGCCUGGUAAAUCAAUCUGCGAAAUCUGUUAAGUUUAGCGAAUGUAUGUAAGAAAGAUAAGAGUGUUCUGUGGAACAAAUUUAUGAUGUUUUUUGUCAAGUAGCUUUUGAAAUUAGACGACGAGAAGAACAGUUUAGCGCCCUGGAAUCGAAUAUUCUGAGGUAUGUACAGUGUAGAACACACUCUUGUCAAGAAACACCAAUCAGCCAUUUCCUUCCAACAAAAAAGAUCGAAACAUGCCCCGGCGAGCCGAAGAAAUUCAUUGGCGUGUGAACGAUAACGAUUCGAGGACCAACCCGGCGAAACUAAAUCAGAGAGGA